AUGGCCGUGUCCUUGCAGCUUCCACCUAUAUUCCUCUACCUCCAGUUUCCCAUUCUUGUCUUGAAUAACAUCGUUGCGCUUGCGCUGGGACCUGAACGCCAGUUUCUGCGUGUGGCCAUCAGCCUGCCCAUACUUGUUGUGAUCGCCGCGCAGUCACUAUACCGAAAAUGGGAUGUCGGCUGGGGCUACAAGUACGGGGCCGAAACCUUUACGAUGUGUCUGACUUAUACAUAUAUUGGUUGGAUCCUUUUAUCGAUCCCGGACAAGGAGGGAUGGUACAAGAUCCAGUAUGGCAAAGGAAACGAACAAGAGAAAGACAAAAAUAAGAUGACGAAUGGCAAAAUGAAUGGUAAUGAUGUACCAGCGAACAAGAGAUACCAAUAUGUACCAGGAGGUGCGGGUACAACUUUCUGGAGCCGAUUGUGGUGGGCCACGCGUAUUUCCUGUACAAACAGAUAUGUUGGUUGGAGUCAACAAGUCAAGGGUGUUGUCAUGGAAGUUCCACCCGAUUAUCCUCGUCUUCGUUUCAUUGUCGAAAAAUCCAUCACGGGUUUCCUAUUCUGGGCAGCCUCAACUAUCCUCACGGCACACUCCGCUGCAUCCCCAUACGGCACCUUUGUUGACUUGCAGCGUUCAAACGCAAAACCGUAUCAGCCCUUCGCCCCAGAUGCCCCCUUUUGGGCAGUCCGGUUCUGGUACACGUGGGUGCACAUCCUAAUCACGCGGUGCACCCUCGGAAUUUGCUUCUCACUCACCAGUGCCCUUGCCGUCGCAUUCGGCUUCGCGAACCCACGUGAUUGUCCUUCUGGCUUCGGCAACCUCAGCGAUCUUUGGAGCGUACGGCAAGCUUGGUCUGCGGUGUGGCACCAGCAGAUACGCUUCAUAUGUAGCGCCCCGGCUAUUUGGCUCGCUCACGAUGUGUUCAAGUUUCCAAAAGGAAGCCCUGGAUCAAGAUUUGUGCGGCUUUUCGUGCCGUUCAUUAAUUCGGCAAUUAUCCACACUGUUGCGUCGAUGCUGGUGAAUCAGGCGUGGACCGAUGAUGGUGGGCUCGUGUUCUUCGGGAGCCAACCGGUGAUUAUCUUGGUCGAGGGUCAUCUUAUUGAGUUGGGGAAGAAGAUGGGGUUCAGAGAUAAUUGGAUGUGGCGGGUAGUGGGCUUUGUGUGGACGGUGAUCAUGAUUGGAUGGACUGCUGAGUAUUGGGUCCGCAGACAUAUUAGUUAUGGCAUAUGGGUACAUGAAAGAUGUCCUGAUCUGUUUGGUAUCGGACCUAAAUAA